AUGCACUGUUCACGUCCAAUGUUCAUGUGCACUGUCUGUUUUGUUGAUGUAUCAGCUUGGCUCUUGCUGGCAUUUCAACUAGUUCUUGGGCUGGUUGUAGCUGGAUGUCCAGCUGGUUUUUAUCAGAUUUUCAACUGGGCUUAUGUCCUUUUGCGUCUCCAGCAGAUUCAUUGCUUUUGGGGUGCUAUUAAGGUGAAUGUAGGUCUUGUUGCUGUUGAGAUGCUGGGCAGUGUUGACUUUGGAUGA